AUGAAGCCCACUGCCGCCAGAUUGAAGAAACCCGACACUGUAUCAAAGCUUGUUUUGGAAGAGGUAAUUGGAUUGACAACUAAAAAUGGGAAUGGGUUAGCUUCAAAUUCAUAUAGUUCCAAAUGUGCUUAUUUGGCAGGUUGUGUGGUGGUGAUUCUUGAUGUGAAUUCCGGUACUCAAUCGCAUCUCAUUGCGUCUGAUAGAUUGCAACCAAAGCCUUUGAGAUGUGUUGCUUUGUCACGAGAUGGCCGCUUUGUUGCUGCUGGAGAGGCAGGAAACCAGUCCUUGGUACUAGUUUGGGAUUCUUCUACUUUAUCUGUUGUCUCUGAAUUGAAAGGGCAUCUAAAUGGAGUUGCAUGCAUCUGUUUCUCACCAAAUGGUAAACAUCUGGUAUCUGUCGGGGUUUAUAUUUAUCUUUGGGACUGGCGGAGUGGUCACCUGAUAACUAAGCUUCAAGCAACUUCAUCUUCUUCUACUGUCUCAAGUGUUAGCUUCUCAUCAGAUGCAAAAUUUAUUAUUACUGCUGGUAAAAAGCACUUGAAAAUCUGGACUCUUGAAUCAUCUAGGAAAGCUCAACAAAAUGGAGGGAUGCGCAAGACAGUUAAGACUGCAUCAUUAACAAUACAUGAAAAGAUUUCCAAUCUACCAAUUCAGAAAGAAUGUUCGUUUACAUCUGUUGUUUCUUCUGUGUGGACCAAUAGCAGCGAUGAUAAUCGCAAACAAGCUGGUCGUUUAUUUUCUAUGUAUACGUUGACUGAUUCAGGCAUUUUAUACCUUAUUCAUUCUGGGCUGUCAGUCAAAAAGUCUGUUAUCCUGAAGGUUCAAAAAGCUUUUGCAUUAUCAAUAUCGGGAAAACUAAUUGCCUGUGCAUGCAAUAAUGGAACAGUCCUAUUAUAUACUCCCGAGUCUCUAGAAUACGCUGGAUGUGUAUUAUAUUCAAAGGCCAAGAAGUUUCAUGAAGAAGAUAACACCAAUUACCAUGCCAUAUUUCCUGAACAGAAUUUCCAACAGUUACCUGCACUGCCUGAUGCAGUUGCAUGUCAGUUUUCAUCCUCAGAAAAGCUGGUGGUUAUUUACAGCGAUCAUAGCCUCUACAUCUGGGACAUCCAUGAUGUGAAUCAGGCCACUAAGUGUUAUGUGCUUGUUUCACAUUCCUCAUGCAUUUGGGAUAUCAAGAAUCUAUGUUGUGAAAACAUGCAUGAUCCAUCUCUUGCAUGCACCGCUAAAGGUUGUUUGGGAGGGAUUUCUUUUGCAACAUGCUCUACUGAUGGUACAAUUAGGCUAUGGGAUAUUUCUUUGCAAUCUGAUUUGUCAAAAAAAGACACUGAAGAGCUUAACAAUGUGCUAUUGGGUUCUUCAUGUUUAGUAAGUGCUGGGACUUUUGAACGCGAUGCAGUUACAGUAGAUCUUACCCGUCAAGAGUUUCGAUCACUUGCUGUUAGUUCAGAUGGAAAGUAUCUUGCUGCUGGUGAUUGCAAAGGAAACCUUCAUAUAUUCAACCUUCAAACACCCGAUUACACAUGUUUGCGGGGUGCUCAUGAUGCUGAGAUUCUUACAUUAAGCUUUACCUUGUCCACCCAAGACAUAUCUGGGGAAAUUGCAAAAAGUAGUUGCUUCCUUGCCUCAUGGGGACUUGAUUGUAUAAUCCAUCUCUAUGAUGUUGAAAGAAAUUUUGAUCUUAUAGGCAGCAUUGAUGACCAUUCUGCUAUUGUGACUUCUAUCAAAAUUAAUAGCGACGGCGGUGAUAAAUUUUUUGGACAACCUAUAAAGGCUAUAAUGGAUCCAAGCUGCACAUAUGUGGUCUGCUCAUUCUCUAACAAAUCCAUUUGCAUGUAUGACUUUAUGACGGGAGAGAUGGUUGCCAAGGCUACAGGACAUGCUGAAAUUGUUACUGGUGUCAUCUUUUUGCCUGAUUGCAAGCAUAUCGUUUCAGUGGAUGGUGAUGGUUGUGUUUUUGUAUGGAAAUUGCCCACUUCACUGUCUUCUAAAAUAUUGGAGAAAAUAAUGGAAAAAAGUAAUCCAUUGCAUUCAAGAACCCCUGGUCAACCUUCUGCUUGUAGUCAUAUAUCAUCUUGCAAAGAAGAGUGUCAGCACUGCAAGAUCAGUUGCAGGGAUGUCUGUUCGUUAAAGAAAGAGAGCAAAAGUGGGAAUGGAGUGCUUAACUCAAAAAGUAUUCAUGGAGAGGCUUCAUGUUUUAAAUAUAGUAUUUCAAGACUUCCCAAAUGGGCGCAGGCAAAAGUGACUCAAUGCAAUGAUGUUAGUUACAUUUCAUCAGAGGCACAUCCUGCUUUAUCCCCAGAAGUUCAAAUACCACCCAAUUGUCCUUCUUUAUCGCCAGAAACUCUGAACACUCAAUGCACUUCAAGGCCUGGUGGUACUUUCAACAACACUGAUUUGGACAACCAUUGGCACAAUGUUUACACUAAUUGUAUGGAUGCACUUUCCACGCCGGAGAUGCAAAACGUACUUGAGGCAAAGGUUCCGAAGAUUGCCUCGAGUUCAACACAAGAUAGGUCUAUGAUCAGUAAGGACAGGAUCUCCUUUGAACUUAGUAGCCUUAAUGAGGAGACAGGUCUCGUUUUGGACCAGCAUGUCGGUUCCAACAAUAAUAAUUAUUCUAGGUAUUAUGAAGAAGUUUCCAAUAGAAGAAAAGAAGAGCAGUUGCAUUUAGAUGAAUCUGGAAGCAUGUUAAAAACAACUCGUGAAGAUAACUUGAACAGUCUGAGCUGUGUAAAAGACAGUGAUAUCUUUAAGCAACAUAUAUGCAGUCUAUCAAGUACACACAAGAUGAAGUCAAGGAACUCAUCAGUUAGAAGGUUUUCUUCAAGAUAUACUGUACACUGGGAUUAUGCAGGGCACUACAAGAAAUUAUUUAGCAGUCCUGUCAGGAAUAUCACUGAUAGCAAAAAGUCUAAAGACGAAGUUGCAACUGAUAAUAUAACAGAAAACAGAUCCUUACAGUUGAUGGAAAUUCAAGAAGCGGAAAAUUCUUCUGAAGAGAACCUCAAGAAUUCAACACCAAAUUCAAGGCAUGAAUUAACUAGCUGCCCUACCAGAGAAAAUUCUAUCGACAAUCAGCUGGGGCUAGACAGAGAUCAAAGGGAAGGUGGUUGUGACGGGAGUGAACUGCAAGAAACCAUAGCUGCAUGCAAAGAAGCGUUUGGUAGUUUGGAUGCAGCAGCUGAGAGAGCUGUGCAAUUAUUUUCAAAACUUGAGAAGGGCUACGGAGAAGAGGUUUCAAGGGACGAAGUUCAAUUUUUAAAUGAUGCUUUUGAGCUUCUUCCAUUAAUUGUUAAGAAAGUAAACACUGUUGCUAGAUUUGUUCAAUGUAGGAAAAACAAUAACUGUGUAAGUAGUUAG